AUGGCUGCUCAGAAGCUGACCCUCGCCGUGCGGCCGCGAGGUAGACCGGUCAAGAAGCUCCCCGAAGAAGUCUCCCUACCAACCAAUGGCCCUACUUCCGAGCUCUACCACCAACUGGCCCUCAAAGCCGGCACCACCAUCCACCGCCUUCGCGUCACGAAAGGCAGCGAUGGCUCCCUCGUCCCCAAUAGCAAAGACCUCUCUAUCAACUCGACUGGGUUGCGGGAGCAGAGCACGAUCUAUGUCAAAGAUCUGGGACCACAAAUAGCGUGGCGGACUGUAUUCUUAGUCGAAUACCUAGGUCCCCUCAUAAUCCACCCCCUCCUCUACCUCAUCCUCCCCUCCACAUCCAACGGCUCCGGUCCCUCCUACCUACAAACCUUUUCCCUCACACUUGUCUGUCUCCACUUCGCCAAACGCGAACUCGAAACCCUCUUCAUCCACCGCUUUAGCUCUGCCACCAUGCCCGUCUCCAACAUUUUCAAAAACAGCGCCCAUUACUGGCUCCUGUCAGGCUUAAAUAUGGCUUACUGGAUCUACCUCCCCUCUGCUCCCGCUGCCCAAGAGUCGAGUCCCUUGAUCACAUACCCUGGACUAGCGAUGUUUGUAAUCGGGGAAUUAGGAAAUCUGAGCAACCACGUGACACUUCGAAACCUCCGCUCUUCAGGCGGGGCGGAAAGAGGAAUUCCGCAAGGUCUGGCCUUCGGAUUAGUGACAUGUCCAAAUUACAUGUUCGAAACGCUGGCAUGGGUGGGAAUAGCGCUAGUAUCGUGGAGCUGGAGUACGGUUUUAUUCGCAGUAGUAGCGGCUGCGCAGAUGGCUGUCUGGGCGAAGAAGAAAGAGAUGAGGUACAGAAAGGAUUUUGGGGAAAAGUAUCAGAAGAAGCGGUUCAGCAUGUUGCCUGGGAUUUGGUAG